CAUGGUUUUCGCUCCCCUGAGGCCACGAUUUCCGUUUCUUCACCACCAAUUCCAACAAAAAGUUCCGGCGCAAGAGGAAUUCGUCUUCUUCUUCGAUCUGUCACAGCCAGCCUCCGCAUCAGCAUCGAUUUCGAUUCAAACUCUCGUCAUCGUGCAAGCGAAGGAGCUCAAUCGAGAUCGUGGGAAAUGGCCAGCGUGAGGAGGUCGCUCGUGGGCGCGCACAGGAUCUUCAGGGCCGCCGCCGCGUCCCGCCGGAGCUCGGUCGCCGCUCCACCUCCGAGCCGCUACUCCGAGGCCCUCCUCAGGCCUCGGAAUGGCUGGGUCUCGCAGUUUUCUAGCGGUGGUGACGGCGUUGCUGGCGAUCGGUUCCUAGACAUUGAUAUCUCCAAUGAAGAGAGCAAGAGGCGAUGGUGCAACAGGUUGUUGUACAGGAGCAGGCAGAGAGGGUUUCUGGAGCUGGAUCUGGUGCUGGGGAAAUGGGUGGAGGAUAAUAUUGAAUCCAUGGAUGUCAAUGGGAUUAAAGCGCUCAUCGGUGUUCUUGACUUGGAAAACCCUGAUCUGUGGAAGUGGCUGACUAACCAGGAGCAACCCCCAGAGGCUGUGAAAAUGAAUCCGGUUUUCUCCGCAAUGCAAGAGAAAGUCAUGAACAACCUCAACAGUCACUCCGCUCCCGAGACAAGGGCGUUACCCGGGCAGCCAUGGGUGAGAGGGUGGGAUGAUAUCAAGAAAGGCCGAGAUGGCCCCAUUGCCGGGAAUCAGUAACUCUGGCUAUAUUUGCAAAAUUAGCAGGUUUGGAGUACAUUACAAGUGAUGGGCAAGGAUUUAAAGCUGUGUUAAGUUUGUUAUUAUAAUGUGUAAUAUAUAUUGUCUAUGACAUAAAUAAGGGCAGUGGUUGCAUAA